GGUAAAUACGGAGGGGGAUUCAUCGUCGUUACAGAUCGUUUUUGAAACCCUAAUUUCAUCAGUUUGUUGAUCGAUCUUUGUUACGAACUCUAGAUUUGAAGGAAAAAUCUGUAUACUGAUUGGAGAAAUAUGAGUGAUGUGGCCGAUAAACUGUCUUACUUUCAAGCAAUUACAGGUCUAGAAGACACUGAUUUGUGUACGGAGAUCCUGUCUGCUCAUGGCUGGGACCUUGAACAAGCAAUCUCAAGUUUCACUUCUACAUCAACGUCAAAUUCCGAUGACAAUAAUCCUCCCACAACUUCCUCCGUCGCCACCGUUACCGACAGAGCUGACGAUGGAACUGAGGGAUUCGAACAAUCAAGAGUAAUCAACAUUGGAGGGGGAGGUCCCCCAGGUUUAGCAUGGAAGAUCAUUACGCUUCCGAUUUCUAUAAUUUCUGGUAGCCUAGGGUUAGUUUCCGGUGCAAUUGGGCUGGGUUUAUGGGCCGCCGGUGGUGUUCUGUCUUAUUCAUUAGGCAUGAUUGGCUUGACUAAUUCUGGACGUAAUGGGGAAUCCUCGUCGGCUCCUAUAGUUUCGGCGACGGCUGCCGCUUCGGAGGCGAGGCGUUUCGUAUCGAUGUUUGAGAGUGAGUAUGGGGAUAGGCAUCCGAAUUUUGUUUCUGAUGGUUUUAUGGAAGCGUUACAGCAGUCGAGGCACGAGUUUAAGCUGAUGUUUGUGUACUUGCACUCGCCUGAUCAUCCUGAUACGCCCUCCUUCUGUGAAGGGACUUUAUGUUCCGAGGUUUUGUCAGCGUUUAUAAAUGAGAACUUCGUAGCUUGGGGUGGGAGCAUUCGGGCAAGUGAAGGGUUUAAGAUGAGUAACAGCUUGAAAGCUUCUAGAUUUCCUUUCUGUGCUGUGGUUAUGGCUGCUACAAAUCAGAGGAUUGCUUUGCUCCAACAGGUUGAGGGGCCUAAGUCGCCUGAAGAAAUGCUUACAGUGUUGCAGAGAGUCCUGGAAGAAAGUUCCCCGGUCCUUGUUGCCGCUAGACUUGAUGCCGAGGAACGUAGAACCAACAUACGUUUGAGGGAGGAACAAGAUGCUGCAUAUCAAGCUGCACUUGAAGCUGACCAAGCUAGGGAACGCCAGAGGAAGGAAGAACAAGAAAGACUAGCGAAGGAAGCUGCUGAAGCUGAGAUGAAACAGAAGGAAGAAGAAGUUGCCCGUGAAAGAGCAGCGCGUGAAGCUGCUGAGAGAGAGGCUGCAUUGGUUAAACUGCGUGAGGAGAAAGCUUUGUCUUUGGGCCCUGAACCUGAAAAAGGGCCUGAUAUUACACAGGUAUUGGUGAGAUUACCAAACGGAGAACGCAAGGGUAGGAGGUUCCAUCAUACGGCUACAGUACAGUCCCUAUACGACUUUAUUGAUUCUUCAGGUUGCUUAGAAAUCGGUACUUACACUCUUGCCACCAACUUCCCUCGUGUUCUUUAUGGUCAAGAAAAACUAUCUUCAACGCUUAAAGAAGCCGGAUUACAUCCUCAAGUCAGUCUCUUUGUUGAAAUGAAUUCAUGAUAUCAAUUUCUUUUUCUAAUUAGGGAUUUGGUUAAAACCAGUUUCAAUAGGGUUUGUGGGCAAAACUUCCAUGUGGUAGAAUCUUUUUUAUCUCGAUGAAAUACCAUUUCUGUUUCGAAAACCAGGUUAUUUGUCAUCCCCUAUAUAUGAUAUGCGUAUGCCACGUAUUUAUCUGGAUUAACGGGUAUACAACGUGUUUCAAUGGCUAGAAAUAAACCAAGUCGUUUGUAGUUGAUUCUGUAAGAAGUACAUGGAUGGUUUUGCAACAUCUUUUGGUACAACUUUAAGUACGAUAAACAAAGUACAAUGAACAUAUGAUAUUUAUUAGUACAUGAAGUGAGACUGAAUUAUGUAUG